CUGGGAGGCAGCAGUGCUAAUCACUGUGCCACCACAGAGAAAACAAAAAUCAGGAAGACUCAGCAUGACUUCAUCAAAGGAAAAUCAUGUUUAACCAGUUUAUCGGAGUUUUUUGAAGCAGUAAUUACCAUGCUAUGGAUAGAUGGAACUCAUUCACAGCAGCAGCAGGAGAGGAACGGAGCGAACCUGAGGGUCAAUACCGGCAGUGGUUUUCAGAUAAAAACCUGAGGAAUGGUGUACAGAUCAAACUCAUUUGGAAUAGCAGUGAGAGAGGAGCAGAGCGAGCCUGAAUCCAGAGGGAGAGUUUCAGAAGUGACAUCAGGGUUCAAAAAGUGAAGUACAUCAAGAGGAGUUGCUGCUUGGACCAGCUUUAGGAACUGAGACAUUAGAAGAGGAUGAUUUGCAAUUAGGAAACUCAAACUAAACAUCACAAUGGGAUUUGAUGGAACCUUCUAUUUUCUGGUAACCUAAAUAUCAUUGCACUUUGAACAUGGAACGAAAGAGCACCAUUCGCACUGGGGAGAAACUGUAUGUAUGUUCUGUGUGUGGACGAGGCUUUAGCCGGUCAUCUGGUUUGUCCAGACACAAGUGCAGUCAUACUGGGGAGAACUCAUGGAAAUGUGAGGACUGUGGGAAGGGGUUCAAUUACCCAUCUGACUUAGAAACUCAUCAGUGCAGUCAUACUGGGGAGAAACCGUUCACCUGUCCUCAGUGGGGUAAGGGCUUCACUCAGUCAUCAACCCUCCUCAAACAUCAGCGUGAUCACAAUGGCCAUAAGCCAUUCACCUGUCCUGAGUGUGGGAAGAGAUUUACUCAGUUUUCCAACUUCUUGGGUCAUCAGAGAACUCACACUGGGGAGAGGCCGUUCAUCUGCACAGAGUGUGGGAAGAGAUUCACUCAGUCAUCCCACCUGAUGGCACACCAGCGAGUUCACACUGGGAACAGGCCUUUCACCUGCUCCAAAUGUGGGAAGAGAAGCUCUCAGUUAUCAGAUCUGCUGAAACACCAGCGUGUUCACACCGGCGAGAGACCAUUCACCUGCUCUGAGUGCGGAAAGGGAUUCACUCAGUCAUCCCACUUGCUGAAACACCAACGAGUUCACAGUGACGAAAGACGAUUUGAAUGCCCGCACUGUGGGAAGCGUUUUAAAAGUUCUGUGGAAUUGAUGUCCCAUCAACGGGUUCACAGUGAUGAGAGACCUUUUAAAUGCCAAGACUGCGAGAAGUGCUUUAAAACCUCUGGGGAACUGGUAACCCAUCAACGUGUUCACACUGAUGAGAGACCAUUCAGGUGCUCUCACUGCAGGACUGGGUUCAGAAAAUCAUCUCAACUCAGUGUACACCAGCGAAUUCACACUGGGGAGAGGCCGCUUAGUUGCUCCAAUUGUGGGAAGAGAUUUAAUCAUUUGUCAAAUCUACUAAAACACAAGCGUAUUCACACUGGGGAAAAGCCAUUUUCCUGCUCUGAAUGUGGGAAAGGAUUCACUCAGUCAUCCCAUCUGUUGAGGCAUAAGCAAGUUCACAAGCGUGCGGUGAUGGCUGGGAAGAGGAAACCGGCACAGGCCAUUCUGCCCAUUAAGGCCGCUGCGGUCCUCAGCAUUAUCGUGGCUGAUUUUCUAUAUAGUUACCAUACAUCCGCUCUUCCCAUGCUCCUGGAUACCUCCUCCCGCCUAAAAAGUCAUUUCAGAACUGACUUCGGUAGGAUUUUGAACAUGGAAUCAAACAGCACCAUUCAGAAGAGUGAGAAACCGUACACAUGUGUGUGUGGCCGAGGCUUCAGCCAUUCAUCUGGCCUGUCUAGACACAAGCGCAGUCACGACGUGGGGAAACCAUGGAAAUGUGCGGACUGUGGAAAGGAAUUCAAUUACCCAUCAGAGCUGGAAAUUCAUCAUCGCAGUCACACUGGUGAGAGACCGUUCACAUGCUCUGCCUGUGGGAAGGGGUUCACUGCAUUAUUCGGCCUCCAGUCACACCAGCGAAUUCACACUGAGGAGAAGCCAUUCAUUUGCACCUUCUGUGGAAAGAGGUUCAGGCAAUCAUCUGCCCUUACUGUACACCAGCGAGGUCACACUGGGGAGAGGCCCUUCACCUGUUCUGUGUGUGGGAAAGGAUUUACUCAUUCAUCUGUACUACUGAAACACCAACGAGUUCAUACCGGAGAGAGACCAUUCACCUGCUCUGAAUGUGGGAAGGGAUUUGCUCAGUCAUCCCAGCUGCUGACUCAUCAGCGCAUUCACACUGGAGAGAGACCAUUCACCUGCUCCCUCUGUGGGAAGGGUUUCACUCAGUUAGCCAAUCUGUUGACACAUGAGAGAGUUCACAAGUGAUUACAGGAAUUGGAUUCUUUUGUUAUUAUUGCUGGUAAUCACUUCCAGGACUGAAUUAUGUUCAUUAUGACAAUUGGGGUUUGUUUCUGCUGAUGAUAAACCCUGUAAUUAGGCUGGAGGUUAAUAUUUUGCAUGCAUAGAUGAUUGUCUUCCUAAGAUGCAAUGUUCCUUUAAAAAUCACUGUCUUCUGAUCUUUCCCCAUAAUUCAUGGCCUUUCGUCAGAAAGAUUUUACAACAAUGUUAUGAACUUUUACUUCAACCCUAAAUUGAUUUUUAGUGUGAAUAUUAUAAUUCAGUGCCUGAAAGGUUUCACUGAUUAACAUCUCUAAUGAGCACAUGCUGAUGAAUCCUUGCUGAUAAUUCUGACUGACUUGCAUGUUCCACACAGCGGCCUUUCCAUUAUCCACCAGAAAGAAAGGGAAUGGGAAUUGCUGGAGAAUCAAGAGUAUCCAUAAGAACUUAACACUAGAAAUAGGAUCAAAACGUGGACAUUCAGCUCUUCAAGCCUGCUCUGCCAUUCAAUACAAUUAUAAUUUUCUACUUCAUUUUUCUGCGCUAUCCCCAUUUCCCUGGAUGUCUUUAAUAUGCAGUAAUCCAUAGAUCUCAGUCUUGAACACACUCAAUGAGUGAGUUUCCACAGCACUUUGAGGCAGUGAAUUCCAAAGAUUUGCCAUUCUGAGUGAAGAUAUUCCUCCUCAUCUCCAUCCUUCAUGGCGUGUGCCUUAUUCUGUGUUCCCUGGUUCUAUUGUAGGCCUUGAACCAAGACAACCAUGCUGUACGAUUCUGACUUUAAUUUUGACCUUGAUAAUGAUAAAUAUUAAGAUGAUUUUACAAUCCAUGUAUAAACCAACUAGGUUGGUAAAGGUUAAAACAGGCUGCCAAGAGACUAGAAAGAGAUUUAACAGUGAUCCACAUUGGCUUCAACCUAAUCCCACACUCUGUCUCAUGGAGUAACUAUUCAGAGGAGACACUGCCAUCAACUGUAGAGAUCAACAUUCCGCAUUGCGUGUCCGUUCCCUGGGAUCAGUAAACUAUCCUCAUCUGUCAUGGUUCGUAUGUUUUUUUUCCUGUCUAUUUAACUCCUGUGUCAUAUCUAAACUGUUGUUCUUAAUAAAUCUGUUUGAAAUCA